AUGAAGGACGCGUAUUUCCACAUCGCCAUUUUCCCGCCGCACAGACGGUAUCUCAGGAAGGUGGAGCUGCGGCUGAAGGGUUUCCUGAGCUGCACCAACUCGUGGGCGAAGCUGGACGACAUCAACAAGGUUUUCUGCUUCAACAAGACCCCGGUUACAGAGUACGUGCGGGCACACUGGCGAGAGGACACGUUCUUCGGGUACCAGUUCCUGAACGGGAUGCACCCCAUGGUGAUCUGGCGCUGCACGGAGCUCCCCUGCAACUUCCCUGUCACGACGGCCAUGGUGGCCUCCUCCCUGGGGGAGAGCUGCAGCCUGCAGGACAAGCUGGUGAAGGGGAACAUCUUCCUUGCUGACUAUAAAAUCCUGGAGGGCGUCCCGGCCAACACGAUCAACGGCUACCAGCAGUACAUCGCCGCACCCCUCUGCCUGCUGCACCUGCAGCCCUCCGGGGAGCUCGUCCCCAUAGCCAUUCAGCUCAGCCAGUGCCCAGGCCCCGACAGCCCCAUCUUCCUGCCCAGCGACUCCGAGUGGGACUGGAUCCUGGCCAAGACCUGGGUGCGCUACGCCGAGUUCCUGGUGCACGAGUCCGUCAGCCACCUGCUGCUCACCCACCUGAUCGACGAGGCCUUCGCCCUGGCCACCCUGCGCCAGCUGCCCAUGUGCCACCCGCUCUUCAAGCUGCUGCUGCCCCACACCCGCUACACGCUGCACAUCAACAUCGUGGGCAGGACCCUGCUACUCGGAGGCGGAGGGAACAUCGAAAGGGGCAGGGGCUCGGGGAUCGAGGGGACCAAGGUGCUGAUGGCCAAGGGCAUGGCCUGCCUGACCUACGCCUCCCUCUGCUUCCCUGAUGACAUCCAAGAGCGCGGGGUUGACUGCAUCCCCAACUACUACUACAGGGAUGAUGGGCUGAAGAUCUGGUCGGCCAUUGAGAGCUUCGUCUCUGGCAUCGUCAGACACUAUUACCGCAGCGACGCCCACGUCCUGGCCGACUGCGAACUGCAGGCCUGGGCAGAUGAGAUCUUCCAUGAAGGCUUCCUGGGGAACGAGGCAUCUGGCUUCCCCUCGUCCCUGCAGAGCAUCCCUGAGCUCAUCAAGUACCUGACCAUGUGGAUCUACUGCUGCUCGGCCCAGCACGCCGCCCUCAACAACGGGCAGUACGAGCUCGGCGCUUGGAUGCCCAACUUCCCGGCCUCCAUGAGGAACCCCCCGCCCCAGGCCAAGGGCACCUCCUCCCUGGAGAGCUACCUGGACACCAUCCCGGAGAGAUCCCUGGGCACAUACCCAGAUGAGCACUUCACGGAGGAGGAGCCCAAGCGGCUGAUCGUGGCCUUCCAGGGGCGCCUGGCCCAGCUCUCCCAGGAGAUCCAAGAGAGGAACAAAUCCCUGCCCAUCCCCUACCGCUACCUGGAUCCCCACCAAAUCGAGAACAGCACGUCCAUCUGAG